GCCACCAACUCGACCUGGCGUUCAAUAGUUCAAAAUGCCGCUUUGCUGGAUUGAAACAGUUUUGCCGCCAAUUCACCCGUGACUUGACACUUGACGAUGGCACUGUUCUCAAAACCAGACGAAGAGACGGCAACUCAAACAAGCAGGAAAGCUGCACUAAAGCAGGGGCCUUCCUAUCGAUGGUUGACUUGAAACUCUAAAAGACCCCAACGUCACAGUUGUCUCCAUAAGACUUGAAUAGAAAAAGGAAAUCACCGCCAAAAUGACAACGUUGGAAGAAUCGAAUGAGGAAACAAAGAGCGCGCCACCGGCAGAAGCAGUGGACGUAGAGAAGACCACAGAAAAGAAGGCCACAGAAAAGACUACAGAAGGGACGACAGAGUACCACGAGGACGGGGAUGUUCUCGAGGGCAAUCCAGGCUGUUGCGACAAUGUCUAUGUCAAUACGUAUCGAUCACUUUGGUCUCGGAAUGCGAUUUUUUCCGUCCUCUCCUUGAAUGCCUUUAUUGGCUUUUGUGUGUUGAAUGGCAUCUUUGCCUUUUUCAGUGUCAAUGCCGCCUUCUCCAUUUUCAGCGUCAACUCUAUCCUUUCCAUUGCCAGUAUCAACAGCAUGCUUGCAUUAGGAUGUUCCGGGGAAACCAUGAAAAUAUGUGUGUGAAACAUGAGCAGCACUAGCUAUGCAUAGCUGCAGUACGGUAAAAGUGCAGGGUGGGCAACAAGCAGGUACCACAAGUAGUGUGUAAGGAUGUAAUGCCAAGCUCAUGUUCGAGGGAAGAGGAUGGUUGCCCCGAGUACUAUGUAUGUAUUGUGUGUCAAGUUCCCGUGCAAAUGUCUAGCACGUAGUUAGCCAAAGACGGCAGUUCAGCCCGGGAAGCAGCAAGAGGAGGCUCAGCUUGCAAGUAAGCAACAGCAGGUCCCCAAGUAGCAGACGUGAAUACAUGUAUGUAAUCUAUCUUUUUAGUAUUUU